AGUCAAAAUGUCUGGCAGCGUAUUGGUUGCAGUUCGAUCUUUAAUUAAUCUUCUGGUACCGAAUUACUUGAAAUCUAAGGACUAGGAACUGUGGGAAAUUUUGGUUUCGUUCUCUCGCCCGUAUUCCGAAGUUUUAACAAUAGCGCAUGGGAACUAGGUGUUUGUGGUUGUGCUUUCAUGAAAGUAAAUUACAUUUUCGCAAAAUGAGCAUUGAUAUUGGAGGUAUGAGAAUUAAAUACAAAGACAAGGAUGAAACAUUCUUGGAAAAACAUUUGGUAGCAAAAGAACCAUUUGGACAGUUUAAAGCCUGGUUUGAGGAAGCUUGUACUAAAAAGGAAAUCUUAGAGCCAAAUGCUAUGUGCCUCGCAACAGCAACAAAGGAUGGGUAUCCAUCAGCUAGAUUUGUGCUAUGCAAGGGAUAUGGAAAGGAUGGAUUUAAGUUCUUUACCAAUCAUGGCAGCAGAAAAGCCCAAGAAAUGGCUGAAAACCCUAAUGUAGCAGCUACAUUUUAUUGGGAAAUAUUGAAUAGAUCUAUUAGGAUUGAGGGUUUCAUUGAAAGACUACCUGAAGAAGAAUCAACUGCUUAUUUUCACUCAAGGCCAGUGCCAAGCCAGAUUGCAGCCUGCACUAGCUUUCAAAGUACUCCAAUUGAAUCUAGAGAUGUUCUAUGUGAAAGAGAAAAAGUUUUGGAAGCUGAAUAUAUGAUACCUGGAAAGGAGAUUCCUAAACCAAUUUUUUGGGGUGGCUACAUAAUUCGUCCAACAUCAGUUGAAUUCUGGCAAGGACAGAGAGAUAGACUACAUGACAGGAUCAAGUUUAGAAAACUAAAGGAUGGAGAAAUGGCCGAUAAUAAACUAUUGCAUAAAGGUGAAGAUGGAUGGGUUUAUGAAAGGCUUUCUCCAUAAAGUAUUUAGUUACCAAACAGUGUUAUUCAUGUCAUAGGACAGGUCCCUCGAUAUUGUGGGUUCCUAUCACUUACCAUGAUAAUCAUUUUUUUUACAGAACUUAUAGGUUGUUUUUUAUUAAUCUUGUUACUUUCAUUAGUAUAUGUUUAGAUAUGCUAAUUGUAUUUACAAAACAGGUUUUAUUAAAACUUGCAUUGUCUAUUUGAAAACUUUUUUAAGAACAUAUUUUUAAUUGUAGAUAUUUUAAUGUCUUCCAUUAGAAAUUUUUAAGGGUUUUGGUAAUAGCUAAGUAUAAAUAAAAGAUUAAUCAUUAU